CCCGGGCCUCCUCGCGGCCGAGCCUGAGCGACCCCCGGGUUCUCCAGCGCCCUCUCCCUCCGCCCAAUUUUUUUUCUGUCCUCGCCGCCGCUACCGCUUCAGCUUUCCGUUAUGGCAACCGAGCCGCCCUCCCCGCUCCGGCUCGAGGCGCCUGGCCCCCCAGAUAAGCGGACCCCACCGGCGAGCGAGGCCAUCUCCGAGAGCACCCCGAAACCGGCGGGCGGCAGGCUCCGCUUCCUCAACGGCUGCGUGCCCCUCUCGCAUCAGGUGGCCGGGCACAUGUACGGGAAGGACAAAGUGGGUAUCUUGCAACAUCCAGAUGGCACAGUUUUGAAACAGCUACAGCCACCUCCAAGGGGUCCAAGAGAGCUAGAAUUCUAUAAUAUGGUAAGUGAGGUUUGUGCUGCUGAUUGUACUGAUGGUGUUCUUUUAGAGCUACGAAAAUAUUUGCCAAAAUAUUACGGCAUCUGGUCACCUCCCACUGCGCCAAAUGAUUUAUAUCUGAAACUGGAAGAUGUGACCCAUAAAUUUAAUAAGCCCUGUAUAAUGGAUGUAAAGAUAGGACGAAAAAGUUAUGAUCCUUUUGCCUCAUCUGAGAAGAUUCAGCAACAGGUCAGCAAGUACCCAUUAAUGGAAGAGAUUGGGUUCUUGGUGCUUGGCAUGAGGGUUUAUCAUGUUCAUUCUGAUAGCUAUGAGACACAAAACCAGCACUAUGGGAGAAGCUUAACAAAAGAAACUCUAAGGGAUGGAGUUUCAAAGUUUUUUCAUAAUGGAUUCUGCUUAAGAAAAGAUGCUAUUGCUGCCAGUAUUCAGAAGAUUGAGAGUAUUUUGCAGUGGUUUGAAAGCCAGAAGCAGCUUAACUUUUAUGCAAGUUCAUUACUGUUUGUUUAUGAAGGUUCAUCUCAGCCAACUCCUACAAAAUCAAAUGACAGGACUUUGGCAGAAAAGUUUUUGUCCAAAGGACAACUCUUGGACACAGACGUACUGGAGUACAAUAAUAACUUUCGAGUGUUAAGUUCCACAACAAAUGGAAAAAUAGAGGCUUCAGUAGGCAAAAGCUUGUCCAAGAUGUAUGCUCGUCACAGAAAAAUGUAUUCAAAAAAGCAUCACAGUCAGACUUCAUUGAAAGUUGAAAAUAUAGAGCAAGACAAUGGAUGGAAAAGCUUGUCACAGGAACAUUUAAAUGGAAAUGUACUUUCCCAACUGGAAAAAGUUUUCUAUCAUCUUCCUACUGGUUGCCAAGAGAUUGCGGAUGUAGAAGUACGAAUGAUAGAUUUUGCUCACGUUUUUCCUAGUAACACAAUAGAUGAGGGAUAUGUUUAUGGGCUGAAGAACUUAAUUACUGUACUGCAGAGUAUUUUAGACAAUUGAAUCCUUUGCAGCAGUCUUUGUAAGGGGUGGGGCAAUCAUUGUGAAGAGCAGCAGUCAGUAUCUCUGCACUUGUAAUGCUAUGUAACAAUUUGUAUUGUGAGUCUACAUUUUAUUUGUCUUUAUACUUUUGGUAGAAGAGUUAACUUUUUUAUAAUCUUACUCAGGAAAACUAAUUAUUUGUUCAUUAGAAAACUAUGAAGAAUAAAGAAACUUUGGAGUGUUAAGCAGGGAGUGUGGUGGUACAUGGUUUAAACAUCCAUUUGGCUCAAGCAAAAUACAAACCAUUAUUCAGUCAUUAAGAGUUUAGUUUUCUGUAGCCAGUUUAUCAUGACAUCUCUGUCCACCCAACCUUGACAAUGAGCCAUAUCUAAACUCAUUACAUUAUGAGAACACUUUCAAAAAUCUAAAAAGCACAGAUUGAUGUCCGUAGUAUUGCUUUUUGAAGCUAUUAAAACUGGAGAAAAUUCUACUUCAGAAAUAAGUACUGUUUAGGUUUUAUAUUAAAGUUUAGACCAGCAUAUCAAAAGGUGCUUCUUAGUGAAAUGAUUUUGAAUUAUUGCAUUCCAAAAGCAGAUUUUCCCUUUAAUUUUUACUUAUAUUCAUAGUUCAACAUUAUGCUUCAUGAAAAAGAUAAUUGAAACGGACAACAACAACAACAAAAAUCUUGAAAAUAAGGGCACUGAUAAUUAUUCUUGCCAGGGCAAGAAGAGACAAGUUACUUGAAAGGAACACAUUUUUCUUUUAAAAUCUUUCAUUUAUGGGCAAAUUGGAAUAUAUACUUACUAUAUUAUGAAAAAUGUUAUAAACGGUAUAAUAUUUUUUCCUUUAACUGCAGCUUCAAAAAGGUGGGUGAUUGAAGGUUUGUCUUAUUUGUCCUUUAAAUAACUUUUGAAUUUUAAAAAAUUUUAUAUAUUUUUAUGUGUCCAUUUAGUUAAGCAGUAGUAUAAAUAUAUGUUUCUAAAAAUAGUGUUUAUUAGCAGUGAAGGACAACAUCCAAUUUGUUAUAAAAAUACUGUGUAAAUUAGUGCAUCAUGGAAAGUGGUGCAUGUCUAAACCCAUGCUUGUUUCAUUCUU